AGCUCUCCCUCCCUCCCCAUCACCGUCGUCACGUCGACCACAGGGCCACGCUACGCCUACACGUACCGCGCGUAGCGUAGCUACUAGAGAGCUAGCUAGCUAGCACAUUUCAUUGAUUGCCCUGCUGAUCCGUUCGGCAUGGAGGUCGCCAGGAGGAGGAGGUCGCUGUGCUCGAGCCGUCGCCGGAGGUCGGCGGCGGUGGGGCGGAAGGUGCGGGAGCUGCGGCGGCUGGUGCCCGGGGCGGCGGUCAUGCCCACCGACCGGCUGCUCGUCCGCACGGCCGACUACAUCGCGCAGCUCCGGGCCAGGGUGGAGCUCCUCAGGGCGCUCUCGGAGCUCUGCGAAGGCCAUGGCCGUGGCGAUUCCCCUAGCUAGCUGGCUGCCUCUGCUUGUGUGGUAUGCCGUAUAUAUACGUGCAUAUAUCGCACGUAUAAAUGGGAGGUAUAUAUUGAACGAUUAUGGGUUGAUCAAGUAGCGUAUAAUUGAGUACCUAGGUGCGAAUAUACAUACCAAUCGUAUGUGUUCUAGAAGUAUAUAGGAGUUUUGUUUUGUUUUUCUGUCCAUUAUUUCUUGUAAUAAUGUUUGCGGCCGAUUCAUAUUCUUUGUGUAUUCAUGUA